AGAGCUUCUUUUUUUUUUCAAAAACGAAACGUCAAAGGAAAUGUAUGUCUUUAUCCUUUACUUUCAAGAGAAAGGCUACUUCAUCAGGUUCACCUUGGACUCAGGAAACUGAAUUUGUUCUGUGUUUUUCACUCACGAAGAAGUUAUCAAGAAAGCAAGAGCCAUGCCCGAUUCAAUUGCUGUCGAUGCCACGUAUAAAACAAAUACGCACAAGUUGACAUUCAUCAAUAUUGCUGGCACAUCAAAUGUGACAAGUACUUCGUCCGGCAGAGGGAACUUGCAAACGUUUCCUGUUGAUAGUGCUUGGAUGAACAAUGAACUGGAAACAACGUAUACCUGGAUAUUUCAACAAUUGAAAGAAUCCAUUUGGCCCACAACACAGCAUAGAUAUCCAGAAGUUUUUGUUACGGAUAACGGCAAAUCCGUGAACAACGUUAUUAAGGCAGUAGGAACUUUAUCACUAACAUCGGAGAAACGUUUACUCCUGAGUCUUCCUGCUCACAGAAACGUUUUGGAACUACAAUUAGAAGAAGCGCUCAAGAAAAUUGCUUUUUGCAAGACUAACGAGGAGAUGAACAAGAGUAUCGAAGAGUUUGAGAAAUUUCUCAAAGCCCCUGGUCACUAUAAAGAUGCUGGCAGUAAGGGAGUAGAGUACUUGAAAGCAUAUGCACACUUUGGCAAUAAAACAACCAACCGGGUUAAAAGUGCACAUGCUGCAAUCAAGACUGCCCUUGGAAGAAUAUCAUCUGGCAAGAUAUCCACUGUGACAUCAAAGACUGAUCAUUGGUAUUUUGCCAUGAAAGUUUAUAAAAACGAUUAA